AAGUUGAGAACUCGAUCGGUCCCAACAACCAACAACCACCACAACUACCAAUUGAUAACCUUUACCCUUACCUGUAUGCCCCCGAAUAUAAAUAAUACCACCCAACUCGCACAAAACUCCGACAAAAUGGCCGCGCCCAUCAGCCCAGAGGAGACUCUGGCCAGAUUCGAAGAACUCAGUGUUCUGGAGGCCGAAUUCGAGGAUGCUGAGCUCGAAUUGAUCCGCAAAUCCACGGCCUUGAACGAGCCGCUGUGGAAGAAGCGCGCAGAAAUCGUCGCAAAGAUCCCUCACUUCUGGACCCUCGUGCUCGAGCAGAUUCCUGUCGAACUCGAAACCUUCAUCCAGCCCACCGACUUCCAACUCUUCGCCAACAGCCUACAGACCAUCGAGGUGUCGCGCUUCGAGAUCGAUGACCCCAAAGGCUCGCCGCGCAGCUUCUCCAUCAAGUUUGGCUUCGACGACAAUGAAUACUUCUUCAACAAGGAGUUGGAGAAGAAGUUCUGGUACCGCAAGUCCAAGGACUGGGCCGGCCUCGUCUCAGAGCCCGUCAAGAUCGUGUGGAAGAAGGGCAAGGAUCUGACUGAAGGCCUGACCGAUGCUGCGUACGACCUGGCACAGGCCAAGAAGACGUUGGCCAAGACAUCCGGUGGCAAGAGCAAAGCAAAGGCUGAGGCCAGUCUCCCCGAGUACAAGACGCUCGCUAGCAAGAUAGAAGACGACACCGAGGGCGCGCCGAGCUUCUUCACCUGGUUCGGCUUUGUGUCUAGCUACCGAUGGAUCAGCGCAGAGGAAUCAGAGGAGGCCGACAAAGAAGAGAAGACGCGCCUGGAAAAGCUCAAGCGCGGUGAGAAGCUCGAUGAUGACGAGGACGAGGAUGAUGAGGAUGACGAUGCGGACUACCAGGAAACGGAGGUUUUCCCACAAGGUGACGAGUGUGCUACGCUCCUGGCCGAAGACGUCUGGCCAUCUGCCCUGCGUUACUUCAAACAAGCCCACGAGGCAGACGAUGAAGAGCUGUCCGAGAUUGAUGUCGACGACAUGGAUCAAGACGAUUCAGAUGGCGAGAUCGACAUCCGCGGAUUAGUUAGCAAAGGUCGCACGUCAAGCACAUCGCCUCCAUCCAAGAAGCAGCGCAAGGCCUAAAAGGCCUACCUUUCUUCGGAACAUCACCACAUGAUUGUCUUGACGAGCAUUGGCAAGACACGGGAAAACGAGACCUCUUCUUGGUAUAGAAGCGAAGACUCCACCAUGCUUCGCCUCUCGAAUUCCAACAACCGAGUCCUCUCCGUUUCGCGGAUGUAGGCCCGACCAUACCACGUCGGAACAACCCUUCUUCUUCACGCCAUGCUCUCGCUCGCUCGGUAUUUUGGCAUUUUCACUGUUUAUAGACGCUACUUCUGGACAAUUUUGCAAUCUAGCGUUGGAAACCCAAUCUGCGGAUCUUAAUGGGACGGCAUAGAUAGCUGGAUUUUCUACCAGAAACUUUUUCUUCUUUGGAUAGACGACACAAUACAACGAUAUUCACAUGCAAUUCACACGUUCAUGCACUGUAAACCUACCUUUAUUUUUCUUCGCCCCUACAUAUAACACCAACUGAUGAGCAAGAUGUACAGCAGAGGUGUGUUUUUCUACCCUACAUCCACAGCAGUACCAAGUCCCCGCCCGCUGCACACAUACCCUCCGCUAUCCUGCUCCGACGGCCCUCCCUGCCGUCCCGUCUCGCCCCCGCCUCAGUCCACAAGUCUCUCCAAGAAACCAUAGCUCUCUCCACAUUCUCUUCCCCUCACUCCCGCGGCACAGCCGCAACGACC